UUGCGGUUUAGCCUUGUCUCUUCCCCUCCUUCCCCUCUUUAACAGAGAAAAGUUGCGAAAAAAGAAAAAAAAAAUAUUCACAGACGUGGACGCGCGAGAAUUGUACGGCCACUUGGUUCUUUUUACCGCGGCUGUUUCUUGAGAGAACACGCAAGACACCAAAGGAACCAAGUGUCGACGGUAUGAAUGCAUCGACACGUCUGUCCCCACGAGCCAACGCAUAAACCACCAUCUUCAACUACCUCCACUUAAUCGAGGUCUCGAUCAGGCACUGCAGGUCCGUUGGGCACCACAACCUCGAGCUGGGGCAGGACUCAGGCAUGAAACGAUCACCACCCCCGAAGACCAAUACACGAGUAUCACGACAACCACUAUCAGUCUACUAGACCCGUAGUUCUAAUGGGCGUAUUCGGUUUCUUCUCCAAACCCAAAGAAAACGCCCUCGAUGCCCAUCUAAGCGAGUACAACCGCCAACAACGGCCCAGACCCACCCCUCAUCAACAGCGCGAAUCCCGCCGCCGACUUGGAGGGACGAGCAGCGGUGGUGUCCCAACAUGGAGCAAUCCAUCCUCUCGGCCCCCUUCCCGUAGCGCCUCCCGGCUCGGUCGUCCCCGCAAGGCCGGUCAUGCCCACAACAACAGCAACGGCAGCAACAAGGGCCCGUCCACCGCAUCGAUAGCCGCUGCGCUAGCUGCCCAGCAACCGGGCCCACUGCCAAAUUUCUUUUCCUUCGAACAGGGUUCCGAGAGCGCACAAGGACGGUACCAGAAUGAGUCGACACCUUUGCUUGGGAGGUUUCGGGCCAUGCCUGGGGGCCCUGGAAGGAGGCGGGAGUCGGACGAUCAGACGGGACUGUUGUCGGCUGGGUGGAGGGGGAGUGUGCAUGUGGGCUAUGGCGCCUUGAUGGCUGCUGCCACGGCGGAAGAUGGGGAAUACCACGACAACAGCAGCGAGGAUGAAGACGACAGCGAGGGUGAUGGGAUGUUGGAAUACGGGUUCUUCGGCGCGGGCACGCUAUACGGAACGACAUUAACGAGGAGGGUCAUGAUGAAGAAGCUGAAUAAGGCUCGCAGGAGGUUUUAUUACACCUGGGUACAACCGAAGGCUUCUGAGAUCAGGAGAGUGGUAGAGCAUUGGUGGAGCCGAUGGUUUGUCCUGGUAGUAUUACCGGCCGUUCUGGCCGUUGCGUGGUGCGCUAUACCAUUUCCCCAAUACCCAAUACCGGGCGACGACGACGAUGAUGAUCGCGAUCCGACAACAUCACCAUUAGUACCGGGUGAACAACCAGGGCGGAAAACUCCUGGGCACGGAGCGGCGCGGGUGCAGGUCAACUUCUGGUUCUUCCUCUUCGUCUACUACAGUUUUUACAACCUGACGGCCCUAAUAUGGAUCACCAAGGUCUUCAACCUGUACAGUCUUAACUGGUGGCCCCAGUCUCUUGGGUUCCCCCUAACCGUCUUCACGAUUGGAGUCAUAUCACUAGUGGCACCUAUACCGCUCUACCUGAUUCCCGAACUGCGGUGGCUGAUUGUCCACAACACAGCAUGGAUCAGCUGGACCUUCGUCAUCAUGGCCAUGCCUGUCACUAUCGCUUUCUGCAUCCUUAUGACCAAUGAGCGUCACCUCAAGCUGCGCCAUUCUCUUUCCGAAACCCAGCGCAUCUUCACAUCAUCGUGGUGGGCCGGCGAGUCCGGAAAUAACAGCCGUCGUGAAUCGAUGCGGCGGGCCGGACUGAUAGGCGCAUUCGAUACCGGGGGCGCAGAGCUUGGGUUCGAGGAGGGCCUCAACCGGCGUCCUUCGGUGCCCGUUAGCAUAAGGCGCAGGUGGCUCCCGGCGAGCUUUGUCCGCUUCGUGUGGUUCUGCCUAGCCUUAUCAAUCGGCCUUCUUGCCUAUGUGAUAGGAGAGGCGUAUGCCGAGAUUUACCUGCGUACGCUCCCGCAUAACAACUUGGAGACUAUCGUCUAUGUCUAUGGAUGGGUGUCGACGGUGUAUCUUCUCGACGGGCUGACAGGCUGGAUCUUGGGUGGCAACGAAGGCGAGAGAGUUGGUAGCUAUCCGUUAAGCUUCAUCUUUAAGCUCUACUUCAUGCUAACUUACCAAACCUACGUCCGCGCCCUAUACGCCCGCCUCCGCUCUCCGCAACAAUUCGUGAUGCUUCAAGUCCUCUCCUCCACCACCUUGAUCAUCGUCACACCCAUCCUCAUGUCGCGCCCCGUCCAUUGGUUCAUGACCAUCACAAACCUCAACGGCCAAUCCUACGGCUCCUACCAGAAAAUCUGCAUCCGAAACGUCUUCAUCCGCUUCGUCGCCGAGAACGCGUCCAUGCUCGCUUUUUUGGGGAGCGUCGUCAUUCUGCACUUUGGCCCGAACAAGGACGUGUACCCUUACUUCGCUUUCGACGGCGAGCCGGAUGACACCUCGGACUUCGACUUUGAUCUAACAUUCUAUGCCUCCAGUAUAACGUGGGCGUGUGAGCUGGCGGCUGGAUUCAUCGUUUCCGGGCUGAUUCGGCUCAUCUAUGGCGUCAAUGUUGUGACGGAGGGAAAGCUUGAUUUUGCGGUGUGGCCCGAGUUGCUGCCAACGAGUGUGGCGGUGGUGUUGCAUGUGCUGCAAAAUAUGCUGUUUUCUAUUGCUCGGUUGCAGUUUCACUAAGCUCGCUAUUUGUUGUUCAAUUGGUCGAAUCGUUUGAUACCCCUUGAAAGAUGUUAGGAACGUUAAGGCGGGAGCGGACGACGCGGAUAUUGUCGAACGUGGUGGGCCUGGGAAAGUUAUCGGGCUGGGAUGGCAUCAGUCGCGCAAGUUUGUGUGUGCUGGGGUACCACUUCGGUCGGUAACACGACGCCGUCUAAGCGAUUGUUAUUGUGAAGAGUCAACAAGGGGGGGGGGGGGGGGGGGGGGGAUGAAGGACAUAGAAGAGACGG